AUGCUUUUUUUUCUAUAUACACUCCUGCUUUUCCAUUACCGCGAUGCAAAGGCAGAAAACACUGCUUGUCGAAUGAUUGGAGACCCUAAAUACCCAUUGCUGUCUAAGGAUGGAGAACUUACUAUUGGAGCAAUUUUUCCAGUCCACAUUAAAGAAACAUUACCUUCAUUUGAGUUCAAACAAAAACCUCAACUUCUGUCAUGUUCUAGUGUGAGUGUGAGAGAUUUCCGGCUAGCUCAGGUCAUGGUUUUUGCAGUUGAGGAGAUUAACAGAAAUGAAAAUGUGCUGCCAAAUGUUACUCUUGGCUACAGAAUAUAUGACAGCUGUUCAUCAAGACUGUCGUCUAUGAGUGCUAUUAUGGCGGUGAUGAAUAAUCAGGAGUUUGCAGCAGAGCAAACAUGCAAUGGACAAUCUCCAAUUCAUGCUAUCAUUGGGGAAACGGAGUCUGCCACCACAAUCAUCCUGUCUAGAACAACAGGACCUUUUAAAAUUCCAGUGAUAAGUCACUCAUCUGCAUGUGAAUGUCUUAGUAAUAGGAAAAAUUACCCAUCAUUCUUCAGGACUAUUUCUAGUGAUUAUUACCAGGGCAGAGCACUUGCACUCUUGGUAAAACACUUGGGCUGGACUUGGGUUGGAGCUGUGAACAGUGACAAUGACUAUGGAAACAAUGGAAUGGACAUUUUUCUAAAUGCAGCCAAGAAGGAGGGGAUUUGCAUAGAGUAUUCUGUAAAAUUCUACAGAACAGAGCCUGAAAAACUCAUCAAAGUGGUAAACACAAUGAAACAGGGCACAGCAAAAGUGAUUGUUGCAUUUGUUUCAUUUAUUGAGAUGGGAUUUCUAAUUGAUCAGCUAAGUAUUCAGAACAUUACCGGCCUCCAAAUGAUUGGGGUGUUUGGGUGGAUAGCUUCACAGAAUUUAAUCACUCCAAAGACAUUUCAUGUUAUGGGAGGGUCACUCGGAUUUUCAUUAAGAAAAAUAAAUAUUGAUGGGUUUCCAGAUUAUGCUUAUAAGGCAUUCUGGGAGACAGCUUUUCCAUGCUUACAGAGAGAUGAGGAUUCUCCUCAAUAUGAAAUGUAUUGCAGCACAUAUGAAGAUCUGCUUGUGGUUAGAAAUUACAAUGAAGAGGUGGCUGAACAUAGAUAUGUAAGUAAUGUCUACAAAGCAGUGUAUGCUGUGGCUUAUGCACUUCACAGUCUGCUUGAAUGCAAAGGACAAGAAGGUUGUGAUAAAACUGUGACAAUACAACCACACCAGGUUGUUGAGGCUCUGAAAAAGGUAAAUUUUACAGUUAAAUUUGGGGAACGUGUGUGGUUUGACAGCACUGGUGCUGCAAUAGCCAACUAUGAAGUUGUGAACUGGCAGCAGGACUCUAAUGGAUCAUUCCAGUUUAAAGCAGUGGGUUACUAUGAUGCCUCACUGCCCCCUAACCAGCGCUUUCUGCUUAACACUGAAAACAUAAUCUGGGCUGGAGGACAGCUGGAGAAGCCAAGGUCUGUGUGCAGUGAGAGUUGUCCUCCAGGCACUAGGAAGGCUGUACAGAGAGGACGACCUGUCUGCUGUUAUGACUGUAUUCCAUGUGCAGAUGGAGAAAUCAGUAAUGAGACAGAUUCAAAUAACUGCGUGCACUGUCCAGAGGAAUACUGGUCUAAUGCUGAGAAAAAUAAAUGUGUGUUAAAGACUGUAGAGUUUCUGUCAUACACAGAAGUUAUGGGUUUAGUGUUGGUCUUUUUCUCACUGUUUGGAGUUGGAAUAUCUGUACUGGUCACAGUCCUGUUUUACAAUAAGAAGGACACCCCCAUAGUCAAAGCCAACAACUCAGAGCUGAGCUUCCUGCUGCUCUUCUCAUUGACUCUGUGUUUUCUCUGUUCACUUACUUUCAUUGGUCGCCCCACUGAUUGGUCAUGUAUGUUACGUCACACAGCGUUUGGGAUCACUUUUGUCCUCUGUAUCUCUUGUGUUCUGGGGAAAACAAUAGUUGUGUUAAUGGCCUUCAAGGCCACACUUCCAGGAAGUAAUGUCAUGAAAUGGUUUGGGCCGGUACAACAGAGACUCAGUGUUCUUGCCUUUACACUUAUACAGGUUCUUAUAUGUUUGCUUUGGCUGACAAUAUCUCCUCCUUUUCCCUAUAAAAAUAUGAAAUAUUAUAAAGAGAAGAUCAUUCUCGAGUGCAGUCUGGGUUCAAGUGUAGGUUUCUGGGCUGUACUGGGUUAUAUUGGUCUACUGGCUCUCUUGUGCUUCAUUCUGGCUUUUCUGGCUCGGACGCUGCCUGAUAACUUCAAUGAAGCUAAAUUCAUCACAUUCAGUAUGCUCAUAUUCAGUGCUGUGUGGAUCACAUUUAUUCCAGCUUAUGUCAGUUCUCCUGGAAAAUAUUCUGUAGCUGUGGAGAUAUUUGCCAUUUUAGCCUCAAGCUUUGGUUUAUUAUUCUGUAUAUUUGCACCGAAAUGUUACAUCAUCCUGUUUAAGCCUGAACAAAAUACAAAACAACAUUUGAUGGGAAAAACACAAGGUAAAUCCUACUGA